AUGGAUGCAGAUUUUGGAGAGAUUGAGCCAGAAGAACUUAAAUUCUUGUUCAAACCAAAGGUACAGAUCAUGUGCAUCGUAAAGCUGAUCAAUAAAUCCAAUCGUUAUAUCGCAUAUAAGGUCAAAACAACACGCCCAAAGCUCUAUUGUGUAAGACCAAACAUAGGCAUCGUGAAGCCAGAUUCAACAUGUGAAGUACACGUCACAAGGCAAGCUCAAGCGAUACUGCCUGUCUCUAGCGAGAUUGAGAAGGAAAAAUUCUUGUUUGAAAGAAUGUUUGUUCCCGAAAGUAUGGCCCUUGAGGAGGUCUCGUCGAUAUUCCUUUCUAAAGAUGGUGAUACAGAUAUCAACAAAAAGAAACUGAAGGUGGUUUUUGAUGACACUCCGAUGAUGGAGGAGAUGAAGUCAAAAAAUGAAGAACGACAUCUGAUGUUAAAGAAGGUUGAGGAGACCAUAUUGUUGAGGUCAAAAAUUAAAGAACUAGAUUUGAGGCUAGUAGAGGCUGAGGAGACAAUAUCAAAGCUGAAGGAACAAAAGACUGAUGAUCGUGAUUGUAGCAGUAGGAAAACACGUUCUCGUGUGUUUAUUAAGUGUUUCAAUGUGAGAUUCGCUUGA